GUCAGGUAUAAAAGCCAAGGCAUAAGUGCCGUUCAUCAGCAGAUUGCUCGACCUCUUCAUUCAGCAAGCAUCAAAAAAGCAGUAUGGUGUCAAAAAUAGUGGCGAUGAAGUUGUGUAUAUUGGUUGCCAUCCUGGGCGCGUUUCCUUCCAUGGUUUCCGCCAGGGUUAUGGGUAAAGCGAUGGAAAUGCAAAGGCAGAGCGGAGGUGGAUAUUCGUACGCGACUGCUAGCUACACCACCACUACCCCGAGUUAUUAUACCACUACUGCAGCUCCCAUCUACUACACUGAGGCCCAGAAAUAUUAUGCUGAACCUACAUACUACACUACAACCACUGCUGCCCCAGUUUACUACAAUGAGGCUCCAAAAUACUAUGCUGAGCCAACUUACUACACCACUGCUGCUCCAGUCUAUUACACUGAGGCUGUGAAGUAUUAUUCUGAGCCAUCUUACUACACCACCACCACUGUUGCUCCUGUUUACUACACCGAGGCUUCCAAGUACUAUGCUGAACCCACUUACUACACGACUACAGCUGCUGCUCCAGUCUACUACACCGAAGCUGCGAAGUACUAUGCUGAGCCCACUUACUACACGACUACAACUGCUGCCCCAGUCUACUACACCGAAGCUACGAAGUACUAUGCUGAGCCCACUUACUACACCACCACUGCUGCUCCAGUCUACUACACCGAAAGCACGAAGUAUUAUGCCGAGGCAACUUACUACACCACCACUGCUGCUCCAGUCUACUACACCGAAGGCACGAAGUAUUAUGCUGAGGGAACUUACUACACCACCACUGCUGCACCAGUUUACUACACCGAGGCACCGAAAUACUAUGCUGAGCCAACUUACACCACUACUACUGCUGCACCAGUUUACUACACCGAGGCACCGAAAUACUAUGCUGAGCCCACGUACUACACUACCACCACUGCUGCUCCUGUUUACUACACCGAGGCCAUGAAGUACUAUUCUGAACCAACUUACUACACCACCACCACUGCCGCUCCAGUCUACUACUCCGAGGCUCCCAAAUACUACGCUGAGCCUGCUUACUACACCACUGCUGCCCCAGCCUACUAUGCUGAGCCCCCGAAGUAUUAUUCUGAACCAUCUUACUACACCACAACUGCUGCUACAAUCUACUACACUCAAGCUCCGCAAUAUUAUGUUGAACCUACUUACUAUACCACCACUACUGCAGCUCCAGUUUACUACACCGAGGCAACGAAGUACUAUGCUGAACCAGUUUACCACACCACUGCCGCUCCAGUCUAUUACACUGAAGCCUCGAAGUACUAUUCUGAACCAUCUUACUACACCACCACUACUGCAGCUCCUGUUUACUACACUGAGGCAACAAAGUAUUAUUCUGAACCAGCCUACUACACUACCACUGCUGCUCCAGUCUACUAUACUGAGGCCGUAAAAUACUACGCUGAGCCUACAUACUACACCACCACUGCUGCGCCGGUCUACUACACCACCACUGCUGCGCCGGUCUACUACACCACCACUGCUGCGCCGGUCUACUACACCACCACUGCUGCUCCAGUCUACUAUACUGAGGCCGUAAAAUACUACGCUGCGCCGGUCUACUACACCACCACUGCUGCGCCGGUCUACUACACCACCACUGCUGCGCCGGUCUACUACACCACCACUGCUGCGCCGGUCUACUACACCACCACUGCUGCGCCGGUCUACUACACCACCACUGCUGCGCCGGUCUACUACACCACCACUGCUGCGCCGGUCUACUACACCACCACUGCUGCGCCGGUCUACUACACCACCACUGCUGCGCCGGUCUACUACACCACCACUGCUGCGCCGGUCUACUACACCGAGUCCACGAAGUACUAUUCUGAGCCAACUUACUACGCCACUACUACUGCUCCUCCAGUCUACUAUACCGAGCUCCCGAAAUAUUACACUAAACCAUCGUACUACACCACGACUGCUGCUCCGGUCUACUACAAAGAGCCAUCGAAAUACUAAUUAAUUUAUUCUAGAUGUUUGUAGGAGAUGUGGAUCACGGUUUUUGCAUCGAUUCCUUGUUUUAUUUGAUAUUGUGAAACUAUAUUUCGUGUUGAUGGUGUGUUAUGAAAUCACGGUAUAUUUCAAUACAGAGGAUUUUCAAACAAUCAAAAUAACAUUAUAAUAUUU